GCAAGGGGUUAACGACAGAGACGAGUCAACGUACAAUAAUUUCCACAUUACUAACGAUAAGAGCCAAUAAUUAUCUUAGUCUCCUCCCUCAUCGAGUCUUGUAAUAAACUCUCUGAUUUCCUUUCUAGCUUCUACAUCCAUCGAGGACAAUGGGAGAAGGCAAAACGCUUCCUACUUAUUUCUGCAGAAACUGUGAAAAUCCACUAGCUAUCGGUGAAGAUCUCAUCUCCAAAAAGUUUGUGGGAGCUUCAGGACCAGCGUUUAUGUUUUCUCAUGCGAUGAACGUGGUGAUUGGACCGAAGAUUGAGAGGAAACUGAUAACCGGAUCCUACGUGGUGGCAGAUGUGAUGUGUGGUAAUUGUGGUGAGAAGUUGGGUUGGAAGUAUGUGGAGACCUUCCAUCUUAAACAGAGGUAUAAAGAAGGCAUGUUUGUGAUCGAGAGGCUCAAGUUGACCAAGAAACUUUAGUCAAGGAAAGUGAUGAUCAUGUGUAAUAUUUUUUUCUUUGUCAUGAUCAUGUUUAUAUCUACGCCCUUGUUGUAUGCCUUUUCCAAAACUCUUGAAGAGGGAAGAUCCGUGUAGAGUGAGAACAGACCCCUCUAAUUAGUCUUACUUAUUGGUCCAA